CUCGCAAACUCCGCCCAUUUGUGGACUUCCACUUGUUGGACGCCGUGCGCAUGCAGCAUAGUUUGAAUGUCGGAAAAUCCUUCACUUGCUGCAAAAAUGAUACAUCCAAUGAUCAAAUGGUUGUUCACACUUGUGCUCCUUCAUUCUGGGAAUCUCAUGCAAGCCAGUGGUGACUUGAUUGAUCCAGAAUGCUGGACACCAUGGUUUGAUCGAGACAACCCCUCUGGUCGUGGAGACUUUGAAACUCUUUCCAAGCUGCACAAAGAAAACCCAGGGAAGAUCUGUCAACAUCCAGUUGAAAUUGAAGUCAAAACUGCAUCUGGAGCUAUAGUUAGUUCAACAGGCAAUGUGAUUCAUGUAGCUGACACGCGCAGAGGAUUUGUUUGUAGAAAUCGUGACCAGCCACGCAAUGGUCGUUGUGCAGAUUAUCAAGUUCGUUUCUUGUGCCCCCUUGAAUUCUGCAAACCAAAAGAAUGCUGGACUCCAUGGUUUGAUCGAGACAACCCCUCUGGUCGUGGAGACUUUGAAACUCUUUCCAAGCUGCACAAAGAAAACCCAGGGAAGAUCUGUCAACAUCCAGUUGAAAUUGAAGUCAAAACUGCAUCUGGAGCUAUAGUUAGUUCAACAGGCAAUGUGAUUCAUGUAGCUGACACGCGCAGAGGAUUUGUUUGUAGAAAUCGUGACCAGCCACGCAAUGGUCGUUGUGCAGAUUAUCAAGUUCGUUUCUUGUGCCCCCUUGAAUUCUGCAAACCAAAAGAAUGCUGGACUCCAUGGUUUGAUCGAGACAACCCCUCUGGUCGUGGAGACUUUGAAAUUCUUUUUAAGCUGCACAAAGAAAACCCAGGGAAGAUCUGUCAACAUCCAGUUGAAAUUGAAGUCAAAACUGCAUCUGGAGCCAUAGUUGGUUCAACAGGCAAUGUGAUUCAUGUAGCUGACGCACGCAGAGGAUUUGUUUGUAGAAAUCGUGACCAGCCACUCAAUGGUCGUUGUGCAGAUUAUCAAGUUCGUUUCUUGUGCCCCCUUGAAUUCUGCAACCCAAAAGAAUGCUGGACUCCAUGGUUUGAUCGAGACAACCCCUCUGGUGGUGGAGACUUUGAAACUCUUUCCAAGCUGCACAAAGAAAACCCAGGGAAGAUCUGUGAGCACCCUGUUGAAAUUGAGGUCAAAACUGCAUCUGGAGCCAGUGUUAGUUCAACAGGCAAUGUGAUUGAUGUAGCUGACACGCACAGAGGAUUUGUUUGUAGAAAUCGUGACCAACCGCACGGUCGUUGUGCAGAUUAUAAAGUUCGUUUCAUGUGCCCCCUUGAGUUCUGUGAACCUGAAGUAUGCAAGACUCAGUGGUACGAUCGAGACAACCCUAGCGGGACUGGAGACUUUGAGAUACUUGAGAAACUCUACCUCGAACACCCAAAUGAAAUCUGCUCAUUUCCGCUCGACAUUGAGGUCCAAACUGUCGCUGGAAAUACUGUGGCUUCAACAGGAGAUGUCAUUGCUGUAGUGGAUGCAACUACUGGGUUCAUCUGUAAAAAUGCUGACCAGAAGAGCGGAUAUUGCUCAGAUUAUAAAGUUCGUUUCACAUGUCCCAUCGCUUUCUGCAAAGAACACGAAUGCUGGACUCCAUGGUUUGAUCGAGACAACCCCUCUGGUACUGGAGACUAUGAAACUCUUUCCAAACUGCACAAAGAAAACCCAGGGAAGAUCUGCAAACAGCCAGUUAAAAUUGAGGUCCAAACUACAUCUGGAGCCAGUGUUGGUUCAACAGGCAAUGUGAUUCAUAUAUCUGACACACAAACUGGAUUUAUUUGUUUAAAUCGUGACCAGCCACACAAUGGUCGUUGUGCAGAUUUUAAAGUUCGUUUCUUGUGCCCCGUUGAAUUCUGCAAACCAAAAGUAUGCAAGACUCCAUGGUACAAUCGAGACAACCCUAGUGGGACCGGAGACUUCGAGAUACUUGAGAAACUCUACCUUGAACACCCAAAUGAAAUCUGCUCUUUUCCACUGGACAUUGAGGUCCAAACAGUCGCUGGAAAUGCUGUGGCUUCAACAGGAGAUGUCAUUAAUGUAGUGGAUGCAACUACUGGGUUCAUCUGUAAAAAUGCUGACCAGAAGAGUGGACAUUGCUCUGACUAUAAAGUUCGUUUCACAUGUCCCAUCGAUUUCUGCAAAAAAAUGGGUAUUCAUGUGAAAUAAACUAUGCAUUUCAAGUAA